AUGCUCAAUAACAAGGUGUCAAGUUCUCCCGCCCCGCCCGAAGGCCACAAAGGUGCCGGUGCCGUGGGUCGGAUCGUCUCACCAAGCGGCCGGGCUGACAGUGCGCCAUUACAGUGCAUCUGGCCAACUUGCACCUCCAGGCUUGAGAAUCGCCUCCAGGUGCUUGCUUCCCGGCAGGGCUUCGUCGUGCCCUUCGCAAUUGAUCGCAACCCCUCCGGCGCUACCAUGGGCGAUCGCUUGACGCAGCUGCAAGACGCAGUUGACCAGUUUGCGCAGCAGUUCGUCGCCUGUUUGCACUUUGUCCAGAGACGGCACGACCUGGAGACACUCGGUCCAAACGACAAGGUUCGAGACAUCAAACAGGAGCCCCAUCAGAGAGAAGUCGACCCAUUGCCUGCCGACGAACUCGCUGCCGGCCUGAAAGAGUUAUCGCGGGACCUCAUCAUCAAGGAACAGCAAAUAGAGGUCCUGAUAUCCAACCUCCCUGGGCUAGACAACAGCGAAAGAGACCAAGAACGGAAUAUUAAGGACCUGGAAGAGAAACUGAAGGCUGCAGAGGCGCAACGGCAGGAAGCUCUGAAGGAGAGGGAUCAAAUCCUAGCAGAGUUGGACUCUGUCAUUCGAAGCAUACGACGGCCGUGA